UCUCGGCCUCUGCCGCCGCCACCCCUCUCCCCACUGCCGCAAGCACCCUCUCUCCGUUUCUGCUCGCAACCUCGCGGUUCCUGCUGUGCCCGUGCUCCACUGUGUGGGCACCGCGGACGGAUUUUUGGGCCAAGGCCGGGCGGGGGGGGCUCUACGGCCGCUGCCUCUGCCUCUCCCGCCCCCUUACCCGCCCCGGAGCGGGAAGCAGCGGAGGCUCCGCCAUGGCCUCGGGAGCUGGAGAUAUAGGAGGGGGCGGUGGCGGCAAGAUCCGGACGCGGCGUUGCCACCAGGGGCCAAUUAAGCCUUACCAGCAGGGGCGACGACAGCACCAGGGCAUUCUUAGCAGGGUUACAGAAUCUGUUAAGAAUAUCGUGCCAGGGUGGCUACAGAGAUACUUCAACAAGAAUGAAGAUGUGUGCAGCUGCUCAACAGAUACAAGCGAGGUACCACACUGGCCAGAAAAUAGAGAAGAUGACCAUUUGAUAUAUGCCAAUGAGGGGAGUCCUAAUAUUAAUGAUGGGAGAAUCACUCCUGAGCCAGCAGUCAGUAAUACAGAAGAACCUUCAACAACUAGUAGUGCUUCAAAUUAUCCAGAUGUAUUAACAAGGCCUUCUCUUCAUCGGAGCCAUCUGAAUUUCUCCAUGUUGGAAUCUCCUACAUUACACUGUCAGCCAUCUACAUCUUCGGCAUUCCCAAUUGGCAGUUCUGGAUUUUCCCUUGUAAAGGAAAUUAAAGACUCUACCUCUCAGCAUGAUGAUGAUAACAUCUCAACUACCAGUGGUUUUUCUUCAAGAGCUUCUGAUAAAGAUAUAGCUGUUUCAAAGAACACUUCAUUGCCACCUUUGUGGUCCCCAGAGGCUGAACGUUCUCAUUUGCUCUCUCAGCACACUGCCACCAGCUCAAGAAAACCAGCAUUCAACUUGUCUGCCUUUGGAACACUUUCCCCCUCACUUGGGAAUUCUUCAGUCCUUAAAACAAGUCAGCUUGGAGACUCUCCUUUUUAUCCUGGAAAAACAACAUAUGGUGGGGCAGCAGCUGCUGUAAGGCAGUCUAGACUACAAAAUAUACCUUAUCAGGCACCAGUCAGAAGACAGAUGAAAGCUAAGCAACUCAAUGCACAGUCUUAUGGUGUGACCAGUUCAACAGCUCGGCGAAUAUUGCAGUCUUUAGAGAAGAUGUCAAGUCCUCUAGCGGACGCAAAAAGAAUUCCAUCUAUUGUUUCUUCUCCUCUGAAUUCUCCUCUUAAUAGGAGUGGCCUAGAUAUCACAGAUUUUCAGGCAAAAAGGGAAAAGUAUGAAAAAAAUAUGACACCAGGACAAAAUAGAGAACAACGAGAAAGUGGCUUUUCAUACCCAAAUUUCAGUAUGCCCGCAGCCAAUGGUUUGUCUUCUGGAGUAGGUGGUGGAGGUGGCAAGAUGAGACGAGAGAGAACACGCUUUGUUGCUUCUAAACCUCCAGAGGAAGAGGAAAUGGAAGUACCAGUAUUACCGAAAAUCUCUCUACCAAUCACCAGUUCUUCACUACCUACCUUCAAUUUUAGUUCUCCUGCGAUCACAGCUUCCACUCCAACACCUAUCAGUCCUUCUCUGUCAUUAACAAACAAGGUACAAAUGACCUCUCCAAGCAGCACUGGCAGUCCCAUGUUUAGAUUUUCAUCUCCAAUUGUAAAAUCUACUGAGGCAGAUGUACUACCUCCAUCAUCUAUUGGAUUUACAUUUAGUGUGCCUGUUGCAAAAACAGCAGAACUUUCUGGCUCUGGCAGUACUUUAGAACCAAUGAUAAGUAGUACAGCUCAAGAUACCACUGCAGUGAACAGUAUAAGCUUUAGAAAGAAGCUAGAUGAAGAUUUUGAAGCCCCUUUCAGACCUGCAAAUGUUCUGAAAGAAGGAAGUGUUCUAGAUGUUCUUAAACAACCUGGUUUCACAUCACCAAAGGUAGAUUCUUUUGCUGCUCAGCCAACCACGACAAGCCCAGUAGUUUAUACAAGACCAGCAAUAAGUAGCUUUUCUUCUAGUGGAAUUGGGUUUGGGGAAAGUUUAAAAUCUGGAUCAUCGUGGCAGUGUGAUACAUGUCUACUCCAGAACAAAGUUACAGACAGCAAGUGCAUAGCCUGUCAAGCAGCAAAAUUGCCACCAAGUGAUACUGCUAAACAGACUGGAAUUGGGACACCAAGUAAAAAUGGAAAAGCAACUCUUUCUGCAUCAGGGACAGGCUUUGAAGACAAAUUUAAACCAGCAAUAGGAACUUGGGAUUGUGAUACUUGUUUAGUGCAAAAUAAACCUGAAGUGAUAAAAUGUGUAGCCUGUGAAACACCGAAACCUGGAACUGGUGUGAAGCGAGCCCUUACAUUGACAGUUGUUUCAGAAAGUGCUGUGACUAUGACUGCUUCAUCUUCCAGCUGCACUGUGACCACUGGUACCUUAGGAUUUGGAGAUAAAUUCAAAAAUCCUGUUGGAUCUUGGGAAUGCCCAGUAUGCUGUGUUUCUAAUAAUGCAGAAGACAAUAAAUGCGUGUCCUGUACGUCUGAGAAACUAGGUUUACGUUUUGUUUGCGGGGAUAAGACAUUAACUCGGUGUCCUUGUGAUGAUGUCUUUUCUAUUUUUGAAGGCUUUGGCACAUCUUCUUCACUUUCGGACCCAGCAGCUUCAUCCUUCAAAUUUGGUAUCCCGUGUAUCCCAUCAUCCUCGUCUGGGCCUUCUCAGACUUUAACAAACACUGGAAAUUUUAAAUAUGGAGAUCAGGGAGGAUUCAAGAUAGGUGUGUCAUCUGAUUCUGGGUCUAUAAACCCCAUGAGUGGAAGCUUUAAAUUUUGUAAACCAAUAGGAGAGUUUAAAUUUGGAGUUUCAUCUGAUUUUAAACCUGAAGAAGUUAAAAAAGACAGUAAGAAUGAAAAUAAUUUUAAGUUUGGACUUUCUUCUGGUGUAAGCAACCCAACUUCUUUACCUCCAUUUCAAUUUGGGAUGUCUAAUCUUGGGCAGCAAGAAAAGAAAGAGGAACUACCUAAAUCUUCAUCUUCAGGCUUUAGCUUUGGUACAGGUAUUACUAACUCUACCCCUGCUGCUACUAAUACCAUAGUGACCUCUGAGAAUAAGAGUAGCUUCAACUUUGGAACCAUAGAAACUAAGAGUAUCUCAGUGGCUCCUUUCACAUGUAAGACAUUAGAAGCAAAAAAAGAAGAAAUGCCUGCCACCAAAGGAGGGUUCACUUUUGGCAAUGUGGAACCUCCGUCUCUGCCAUCUGCCUCAAUGUUUGCUUUGGGAAGGACAGAAGAAAAACAGCAAGAACCUGUCACUUCUACUUCUGUAGUUUUUGGGAAGAAAGCUGACAAUGAAGAGCCAAAGUGUCAACCAGUGUUUUCCUUUGGGAAUUCAGAGCAAACCAAAGAUGAGAGUUCUUCAAAGUCAACGUUUAGUUUCAGUAUGGCAAAACCAUCUGAGAAGGAAUCUGAACAGCCAGCAAAGCCCACUUUUGCUUUUGGAGCUCAAACCAAUACUACAGCUGAUCAAGGCACAACAAAGCCAGUUUUUAGUUUCUUGAACAAUUCCUCUAGUUCAAGUACACCAGCCACUUUGGCUGGUGGUGGCAUAUUUGGUAGUUCCACCUCUUCUUCCAAUCCACCUGUGGCUGCCUUUGUGUUUGGACAGGCCAGCAAUCCUGUGAGCAACUCUGCCUUUGGUAACUCUGCUGAAUCCAGCACAACUCAGUCUUUGUUAUUUUCUCAAGACAGCAAACCAGCAACCACAUCCAGCACAGCUACAGCUGUCACCCCAUUUGUCUUUGGUCCAGGAGCCAGCAGUAAUAACACUGCAACCUCUGGUUUCAGCUUUGGAGCUACAACCACAUCUAGCUCUGCAGGAUCCUCCUUUGUAUUUGGCACUGGACCUUCAGCACCAUCUGCCAGUCCAGCAUUUGGUGCUAACCAAACCCCAACAUUUGGACAAAGUCAAGGUGCCAGCCAGCCUAAUCCCCCAGGCUUUGGAUCUAUGUCAUCUUCAACAGCAUUAUUUUCUGCUGGUUCUCAACCUGCACCACCUACUUUUGGGACAGUGUCAAGCAGUAAUCAGCCUCCAGUAUUUGGUCAGCAGCCUAAUCAGUCUGCAUUUGGCUCUGGAACAGCUCCUAAUUCCAGUUUGGUUUUCCAAUUUGGCAGCAGCACUACAAAUUUUAACUUCACAGACAAUCCAUCAAGAGUGUUCACGUUUGGUGCAAAUCCUUCCACACCUGCAGCCUCAGCCCAGCCUUCAGGCUCAGGGGGCUUUCCAUUUAACCAGUCUCCAGCAGCAUUUACAAUGGGGUCAAAUGGGAAAAAUACCUUCUCUUCUUCUGGAACUUCAGUUUCUGGUCGCAAGAUUAAGACUGCUGUUAGACGCAAGAAUAAAUAAACACAAUGGUGUUACACACAACCGUUUUAACAACAGCUGGUGCCCUGCUUUCAUAUACCGAGUUGUACUACGUGCUGGAGUUAUCUGAAAUCAGAUCUGCCUAAGGACUUCUUUAAUUUUGGAAUUUUUCUCCUUUCUCUUUCUUUACAGAAGCCCCACCCCCACCUCUCCCACCACCUUUUAAAAAAAUAAUAGCCAGACUGAUGACUGAUUCUUCAGCAAAAAUAUUUUGAUCCAGCAUAUUGUUCACUGAUUGGCAUAGUCUGGCUGUACCCAGGAAUAAAGCCCACAUGGCGAAUGGCUUUGUGUAGAACCUCUUCAUCUGCACCACUGUGUGUGUUGAUAAACGUUUAUG